AUGGGCAACGUGCCGGCGGCCCCUGUGGCGUCCCCAGCUGCAACGCCGACGUCGCAUCAUGCUGAGAUUCGUCAGCCGCAUAUGUUCCGUGUUGUCAAGUCUCCUCAGUCUCUCAAUACGACCAACUGUGUCAUCCUCAACCCCCAAGAAUGGGGAAGCACACGCUACGUGCUUGUCUCUGGACGCUACGCCUUCACAGCACGACCAGACAAUACGGGCACCAUUGCACCUGGUAGUAUCGGUACCGCGUUGUUGCAGCGGCAAUGGGCGCGCCUUAGCGCGGAAGGCCACGACGUGGUUGUCGAAGCAUUUGAGCCGACAGCACUUGGUAACGGUAUUUACCUGGGAGCGAUCGAUAUCGAGCUGGACUUUUUGAGCCGAAGUCAGCUGCCCACGGCGCCUUUCAGUGCGGAUGAGAUGCAGGAUAUUUUCCUUCGUGUAUUCAAUGCGCAUAUCCUCUCCAAUGACCAGAUCCUCGUUUUUGAGUUCCAUGGCCAAAACCUCAAGGCGACUGUGCGCGGCGUUAACUCGGUGGAUACCUCUGCAGUACACCAUAUGGGCAUUGUCAUGGCACAAACGCAGCUUAACUUUUUCGAGGCUCCGGGUAGCGCACUUCAGAUCAAAGCUAGUGGCAAGCGCGCUCGGCCUAACGCCAUUUUGCAACCCAACUUUAAAUUUGAGGACAUGGGCAUUGGCGGCCUGGAUACAGAGUUUAGUGCUAUCUUCCGCCGUGCCUUUGCGUCACGAAUUUUCCCGCCGGACCUGGUGGAAAAGCUAGGCAUCCAACAUGUAAAGGGAAUUCUACUCUAUGGUCCGCCUGGUACGGGUAAAACUUUGAUGGCCCGUCAGAUCGGAAAAAUGUUAAAUGCUCGCGAACCCAAAGUGGUGAACGGCCCCGAAAUUCUGAGCAAGUACGUGGGUGCGAGUGAGGAGAAUAUCCGCAAGCUCUUUGCAGAGGCCGAGGCCGAGUUCAAGAGCAAGGGCGACGAAUCUGGUCUGCAUAUUAUCAUCUUCGAUGAGCUGGAUGCCAUAUGUCGGCAGCGUGGGACCACGGGUGGUGGCACGGGGGUCGGUGAUUCUGUGGUCAACCAGCUGCUAUCCAAAAUGGAUGGUGUGGACCAGCUGAACAAUAUUUUGAUCAUUGGUAUGACCAACCGUUUGGAUAUGAUUGAUGAAGCGCUGCUGCGCCCUGGUCGUCUUGAAGUUCAUAUGGAGAUCAACUUACCAGACGAAAGGGGGCGUCUGCAGAUCAUCAACAUUCAAACUUCCAAGAUGCGCACGAAUGGGGUGAUGGACAGAGAUGUCAGUUUAAGCGAGUUGGCAGGGCUAACUAAGAACUUCAGUGGUGCUGAGAUCGCCGGUCUCGUAAAGAGCGCUACGUCUUUUGCCUUCAAUCGCCAUGUCAAGGUGGGGACCAUGGCCGGUAUCUCGGACGAUGUGUCAAACAUGCGCGUCAACCGCGAGGACUUUUUGUGCGCGCUCGAAGAAGUGAAGCCUGCAUUUGGUGUGGCUGAGGAAGAGCUGCAGCAGGUGGUGGGCAAUGGUAUUAUGCACUUUGCUCCUCAUAUUGACAGCAUUUUGCGCGAUGGUCAACUCCGUGUUGAGCAAGUCCGCACGAGCCAGCGCACAUCGCUGGUCACAGCCCUUCUGCAUGGCCCUGCUGGCUCAGGAAAGACAGCGCUGGCAGCCACAAUCGCUAUGGCAUCUGAGUUUCCCUUCAUCAAGCUGGUGGCCCCCGAGAAUAUGGUUGGUAUGAACGAGGCUGCUAAAAUCUCCUACCUGAACAAGGUGUUCCUUGACUCGUACAAGAGUCCGUUGAGCAUUAUUGUGGUCGACAGCAUAGAAAAGAUUGUCGAGUGGGUACCCAUUGGGCCACGGUUCUCCAACCCGGUGUUGCAGGCGCUAGCGGUGCUUUUGGGGAAGCAGCCACCAAAGGAUCGUCGCCUAUUGGUACUCGCGACGACGUCCAACAAGGCCAUGCUCAAUGACAUGGACCUGGCGGACGCCUUCCUCGCGGAUAUCCGCGUGCCAAACAUUUCGUCUCUGCGCAGUGUGGACCAUGUACUUCGCGAGACACAAUUGUUCUCGACGGGGGAAGACCACGCGCGUUGUCUUCAGCUGCUUGCCAGCGCCGGUCUCGGCACAGAGGGCCGGAUCAACAUUGGCAUCAAGAAAUUGCUGUCGGAGAUUGAGAUGGCGCGACUGGAUGAUGAUCCAGCGGACAAAUUAACGGCUGCACUUAAUUUCCUAUGA